AUGGAGACGCCCGACUCGCUCUUCUCGGGUCCACCGACGCCGUCUGCUGCCACGACGGGCUCGCCAGCGCCCGAAGACGGUCCUCCUCCCUCAACCUCGUCGAAACCGAUGGCAGCUCCAGCGUUCGUUCCCCGCGCUGUGGGCAAGCGACGAGCACCCGCAGCGAAAUCUACCUCUGCAGCGACUCUCGCAAGCCAGUCCAUCGGCGCCUCGAAGCCCGCCGUCUCUUCCAGCGGCUCCUCCCUCCCCACCUCUCGACCGAUUCCCACCGCCUCAACCAGCACACCUUCGGAUGCCAGGCCGCCGAAGCUGUCGCGAGAAGAGCAGGACCGGCUCGAGGCGAUCUUGUGCGCGGUCGAGGCGGCGCUGUCGGAUUGGGGGAUGAGCGCUCAUCGAGCGGACGGCGUGUUGGACAAGUUCAGGGAGGCGAAGGAGGCUGGACGGGAAGGCCUCAUUCACGUCUCGCAGAUUCUCACCUUCCCGCCUGUCCGUGCGCUCUCGAAUACGCUGAUGGACGUCCAGCGAGCCGUCAAGCUGCGAGACUCGCACAUCAUCAAGGUCGACGACAGUGGCUUCCAGGUCGGCCGGAAGGAGCAGCCUGAUGUCGACAGGCUGGCAGCGAUGGAGCCGGCAGACUGGGACGAGAUGAUCAUCUACCUUGAAAACAUCCCGCUCACCCUCGCCAAUACCAACGACCGAUCCGCCUCGCUUUUCCUCUCUUCCGCACUCGCAACGCCCGUCCAGCGCCUUCUUCUCCCGCCUCUCUUCGACCCGAACGACCCACCAGAUCUGAACGAAGAUACGGACGUGCAGACACAAGAGCAAGCUUUCGCCCAGGCCCGUGCAGCAGCCGCAGGGAACCUCAAGAAGCCGCCUCGACCUCUGCCAAAGAGCGGAGGGCCGUUCAAGGGCUUUGCAUUUGCUGUGCUGAGGAGCGAGGAAGAGGUCGAGCGGGUGCUGCGAGAGUUCCCCUGGGACCGGAAGGGAGGGGGUCGAACGGAAGACGCUGACGGAGACGAGGCGAAUGACGAGAAGGAAGGCGAGGAGGACGAGGCGAUGGUGAAUGGAGAUCCUGAAAAGGCGGAGGAUGCGGCUGAAGCGGCGCCGAAGCAGUACAAGAAGAAGGGCAAGAAGGAGAAGUUGUCGCCGACGGAGAUCGCGAGACGAAGCGGGACGCGGGCGCUGAGCUAUACCCGAUGGCUCGAGCUGAAGAAGGAAUACCUCGCGUACCGACGCACGCUCGAGACGCUUCUCGAAGCGCAAGCGUCCGGCGAGCUCAGCCAGCUUCGAUACCCACGAGCUCCCCGCGACAUCCCACCACACCUCCAGCAGUCUCGCGAACCGAAUCGGCCGGAUCCGCCUAGUCGACCGCAGGGUCCCUCGCCUGCUGGUUCCCGCGGGACUAAGCGUGCCCCUUCACCUCCUUCUUCAUCUUUCGACACUCCUUCGAACUAUACCAAGCGCUCGAAGCGGGCGUCAUCGCCGUCAGCAGUCCGCACGCCCUCGCCGUCUCUCGACCUCGAGUCUGACGCAGCACUCGACAUCGAGGGCGCUUAUCCCGAAGGCGUCGUGUUGUGGAUCCGCAACGUGCAUGAGAAGAGCAACAAGAACUCGCUCAAGGCACUUUUUGGAGGCUUGCUCGAGCAGUUGCAGGAGGGCAGUGGGAAAGGGAUCGAGUUUGUCGAUUUUGAGAAGGGGCUGGAUACGUGCCACGUACGAUGCUCGAACGCCCAGCUCGCCUCCCUCCUGCACGACCACCUCGUCUCCCUUCCCUCGCUCCAUCUCUCUCCGCAAGUCCUCACCCCGGUCGGCACGCUCUCGCCGAAAUCUCUCGCCGCAGCCGAGAACGACUCGCGACGACCGCUUAUGUCUGAGCUGCUGAACGGCGAGCGGGAACGGCGAUACUGGUCGAAUGUGCCCGAGUCGACAAGGCGGAACGCGCGAAAGGCCGCGGGUGGAAGAGUGGGCUUGUUGAAGGAGCCGAAGGACCGCGUCGGUGCUGGAACGACGGGGAAGAGGAGGAACGGCGACGAGGAGGACGGGCGGACAGGAGGAGGUCAGCCGAAGAAGCGCAAACGACCGUCGCGGCUGUGA